AAAAAUUAGUAGAUUCAUUAUUUUUUUCCCAAUGCAUGCUCUAAAAAAUUUUUUAAAUAAGUUUUCAUGCCAAUUAUAUUUUUCAUAUUCUCCUAAAUCGUUAUUUAUAAAUCACAAUUAUUAUAUAAGAUGUUUAUCUACAUUACCUCAGCCAAAAACAUUAGACAAUUCAGAAGAGUUGAAAUUUUGCUUGGAUAAAUCAAAAAUUAAAAGAUCAUUAAAAAAAUCCAAAAUUCAAAGAUUAGGCAGAAUAAAAGCUUUUGCCACAGCUGAUUCAUAUAAUCUACAAAAUUUACAUAAUACAUUAACACAAAAUUCCACAUAUAAUAUUAAAUUGGCUUCUGAUGAUAUAGAAGAUGUAUUAUAUGUUCAAUUAACUUCAGAUGAAACAAGAGAAAAUCCUUCUAUAUUUUUUUUUGAAGAUGGGGUCUCAGUAUUUUGGAAUAUAUAUGAAAAUGAAAUUAAACAAAUUCUAUCCACUCUUAAAAAUGUGUCCACAAAUGCAUAUGAAUCAAAUUUAAUUGAAGAAGAAUGUGACACAUUAGAUUUUUUAUUACAUGAAAAUCAGACUAAAUUUCAUGAUGGAAAAAUCUAUUUACAAUCAAAAAAUUCGAACAUAUUAGAAUUGUAUACAUUUUCUAAUUCUUUGGCUCAAUCAGUUAAACUUUCAAUAUGGGAAUCUCGUUUGGAUAAAUAUGGUGCAUCACUUGAACAGAUUGUUGAGGACAUGCAAUUUAGAUCCAAGAUUGAAAUUACAGAAGACAAAGUUCUUAAAAAAGCCGGAGAAUUGUUUAAACUCAGGCAUCAGAUAAAUUUGACUUCAGACUUGUUAGAUCCUCCCGAUUUUUAUUGGGACCGAGAAAAUCUAGAAUGCUUAUUCAUAAGAACUUGUAAUUAUUUGAACAUUCCAAAAAGGACGAAAAUCAUGAAUGAACAAUUGAAUCAUUGCUUCGACAUAAUAAAUUUACUCAAAAGUUAUUUGAAUGAUAAACAUCACAUACGAUUAGAGUGGAUGAUUAUUAUACUUAUUUGCGUCGAGGUUAUUUUAGGGCUGCUUACAACUUAUAAGGCAUUCGAACCAAAGGAUCAAAACUAAAGCAAUUGAAGAUGCUAGUUACGUAUGAAUAUAUGUGCCUUUUUUAAAUAAAAGAUUUAAAUGAUAAAUUUAUAAAAAAUAUUGUAUUUUUUUGUUUGCAUUUAUAGAUGAAAUAAAUUUUUUUUAUUAUUUGUA